AUGGCGCCCUCGACCUCGUUCGGCGUCCAUCCUACCAACCGCCCGUCGCACUACCGCACUCCCUCCCCUCCUCGCCAUGCGAUCGAGCCGCUCUCCCCCCGUCUCUCCUUUGCCGCUGCGGCCAGUCCUGCUGCGCUUCCGCGUCGUGACCGUCUAGGGAAACCAGGCGCCAGCGGCGAUGGGUCUGUUCCGUCUGUGGACGAGGCACGGAGACACAGCAGCAGUCAUCGGGGUGUCGAGUCUCUCCAUCACCACCAUCAACAACCAGCACCACCACCACAGCAACAGCAGCAACCACACCCAGAACACUCGCUGCAGCAGCACCAUAAUCACCAGCAGAAACAGCAGCAGUCUCCCGGCAGGCCCGGCGGACACGCCAGGUCCAGGUCCACCAUCGAUACUCUUGCUACAAUAGCGCUAGCCACCAGCCCGACCUUCUCUCCUCUCACCUACGAUGGACCGGAUGAGCCCAUCAUCUCACCUCUCGGGCGUCAGGGAGCUGCUCCGGACAUCGAUGAGAGACCGUCGAAGCGAGCAAAGUCUGAAAAGGCGCACUCGCCCGGCUGGCAAAGACUCGGAGACAGGCCAGCAACGAGCCAUGUCUCCACCCUCGACAGCAUGACAACAGACGCCGAGCUGCUGCUCAACUUCGCCAGACCGACCAACUCUCCCCAUUACUCCCCUCACAUCACUCCUCUGUCCCGAGUCACUACAGAGAACUCUCCUCACUCCUGGAACACCGAUCUGUGGCGCGGCCCUGCCUCUGCAGUUGCUGCCUAUGACCAUGGCGAUGUCAUGCGCGACAGAGGUGUUACCGCCUGGCCCGGGAUGGCAGGAAGUGCAAACGGCGUCCCGCCUGUUAGGCUACGAUCUCAGUCAGAUGGCGCUGCCGCACUCUCCCGACCAGCCAUGAACGGCCUUAUGCCUGACUCGCCUCUUUAUCCCUCUGUCAUGGGGGUUGCGCUUGAAGACGACCCGGAAGAAGAGAAGCCUGCAAAGAAGAAGAAGAAGUAUAAGAAUAUUCCUACUCCUUCUGCUCCUCCUACUCCUUCAUGGGGCCAAGAGACGCCCGUUGUACCGUUUUCUAAACCGUCUCAAGACAAGGAACCCACCAAACCCAAACCACGAUCGAAACAAAAGGCAGCCGAAGAUGGCAGCUCUGCCGGCCAGACGAACUGUGCGGCAUGUAACCGGGAUCGUGCCCCAGCUGGGGUCGGAGGAGACGAUGCAGAGGUUACCUGGGUCAAUUGUGACGGAUGUGACCAGUGGUUCCAUAUUGUCUGCUGCGGCUUCAAGAGCGACCAUGAGAUACGGACCGUGGACAAGUUCAUCUGCACCAAAUGUCGCCCAGUACACGGCCCAACCACCUUCGUUCGCAAGUCCACUCGUCCUAGAACGGCUAUCGAUUACGCAGGUCUUAACCAAGGAUUUGUGAAACCGCCCUCCGAAGAGAACGAAAACAUCCAUCUUGCUGCCAUAAAGCAGGGCACUAUAACAUUCCUGCCGGAUCACUUCGCUAGGAUGCCGCCCGAUCUGGUUACUGCUUCAUACUUCGAACGCGGAGCUGGCAUGAUUGAGCCGAUUGUCAUUCCCGCUCAUAUGAACUCGCACGCAGGUUUCGAAUUCCACGAAGCUACUACGGAAGAAGAAUUCGACGCAAGCAUACCAGAAGAUAACGGUUAUGAGGAGGCUAUUGACUGCGGCCAGGAUCUCCUGGACAUGGUCAUUCCCAAGGGCCUUACAGUAAAGGCUGUAGGUGAGAUCUACGGACCAGAGGAAAAGAUCGAGGUCAUCGACGUUAAAUCUCAGCAAGGCGAAGAGAAGAAGUGGACUAUGCAAAGAUGGAUGGAUUAUUAUUACGAUACUAGCUCCACCAAGAUGGUCAAGAAUGUUAUAAGUCUUGAAGUCUCACAGUCUCCGGUAGGACGGCUCCUGCGGCGUCCGCGUGUGGUUCGCGAACUUGACCUCCAGGACUCAGUGUGGCCACCUGAACAGCAGGCUCUUGGAGACUAUCCAAAGGUCCAGUUUUACUGCCUGAUGUCCGUUGCCGACUGCUACACAGAUUUUCAUAUCGACUUCGGCGGCUCAUCGGUGUAUUACCACAUACUCAAGGGGAAGAAGACCUUUUUCUUUAUCCCUCCCAAGGAGAAACAUUUGAAAAAGUACGACGAAUGGUGUAAUUCCCCUGCUCAAGACACCACCUUUCUCGGAACAGAAUCAAAAGAGUGUUAUCGAGUAGACCUUUCCGAGGGUGACACGAUGCUGAUUCCCUCUGGUUGGAUUCAUGCUGUUUGGACACCGGAAGACAGCCUGGUUAUAGGCGGUAACUUCUUGACAAGAAUGAAUUACGCGAUGCAGCUCAAGAUCACGAAGAUGGAAAAGGACGCCAAAGUCCCGCGGAAAUUCCGAUAUCCAUUUUUCCAAAAGAUUAUGUGGCUAACUGUCCUGAAAUAUCUGGCUGAUGACCCGAUACCGCCACGGCUUCAGGAUGCUUUUGCUCAAGACGAGAACUACCAAUUCCAUCGUGAAAACCCCGUUUACCACCCAGAAGCAGAGGAAUUUGCUGCCAGUCAGGAGCUAGGGUCGGAUUAUUAUAACGCCAAAUUCUACUCCCAAAGCGAAAUUGACGGACUUCCUGAAUUGGCCAAAUACAUUCUGAGAACUGCAUUGAUUGCAGGCGGCUACAAGGUCGAUGGUGUCACGAAAGAAACGAGAAACGCUGUCAGCAGGUCUAUUCCCAAAGGCCAAGGUGACCCCGUUGAUAUCGCUCAGAAAUUCGGGGUCUGGGUAGCUUGGAAACGGGGCAAUGAACCUGCACCUCAGUGGACUCGUCCCGGAGCAAUCGUCAUGGAUGUAAAAGUCGACAUGUCUGAUAAACGCCGAAGUACUCGACCACGCAAACAGUCUGAGCGUGCUAUGACUGGCUCUCAAAAGUCGAGAUCAUCACUAAACAGUACCCAGAAGCCGUCUGAUCAAGGAUCUCAACCUGCAGUUAGUACGCCUCUGCGAGGGGUCUCGGCUUCUUCUAGCAGUGGAACACCUGCUGAGGAAUCACGCAGGCCUUCUAUUGCUGAAAACAAAGGCUUGGAAGCCAACCCACGGCAGAUUCUUAAAGCUACAAGCCUCGGCCCUAAAAGAAUUGCUUGCGACCCUUGCCGAAAACGCCGUAUCAAAUGUCGUCACAAGGAGGGUGGUGGUCUCGAUGCUAGCUCCGAUCAAGAAACUGUUAAGGAUCCUUCUCUCGGUGCAAAUGGCGGAGACACGACCCUCACUACAUCACGGCCUGACGAUUCCACGGAUAGAGCAAAUGCAGGUUCUCUACCUUAUCGCAAUGGCAUACCACACCAGGAAAGCAUUUCUGGCUCCAAUCCUCCGGACGCGAGCGGAAACGGUUUGAAGAGACCCCAGGAAACAAGUCCUGGAUCAUCAAGUUCUAGUAAGAAAGGCAGAAUAAAGGCCUGCGAGGAAUGUCGGAAGAGUAAGCGCCGAUGCAUCCAUGAUGAAGCCGGUAGAGUUGACCCAGUCAAGAUCCAAGAGCAACCCAAGACAAAACGUUCACGUCCUGAAGAUGAGAAACCAAGCCCCCCGAAAAAGCAGAAGCGCGGUGAGAACAAGUCACCACGAAGUGAAGAAGACACAUCUUCCCGCACGAAGAAUGAUACAGAUUCUACUCAAGAUUUAAAGAUCGACAGCUCAAAAGACAAGGCGCAUGUUCUCAAGUCCAACUUCCCGCGAGACAGCCCUCUUUAUUCGUCUCCUCCAGCUGGGAACUCGGAGGCAGAAGCUCCUUCUGAACAUCCAAUUGCCUCAGAGUCCGUACUCCCAAUUGGCAGCCUUGUGUCUCCUCCUACGUCUCUAGUCGAUGAUAUUGAUGGAGUUCCUGGCUCGUUGGAUGGUGAAAAGGGCAAAGCUGCAGAUGGAGAUCGAAAUACGGACAAGCCUUUAUCAAUUCAUACCCCGACCUCUAUAUCCUAUCACCAAUCCCGCUACCCUUCCCUCAACACAAAAGUUGCAGAUGGACAAAAGCAGCGCUCAUCUAAGGACCGUUCUUCUGCCUCAGGCCUAUCCCCGUCUUCUCCAGUCAGGUCAAAGUCUUCCUCGAGACCCGGAUCGUCUCACCGUGCAAACGACGGCCACGGUCCAUCCUCAAGGAGGGCACACGACCGAACUAGUUUCGCAGAAGCCGACGUUGAUCCUGAUAGCAUAAAGCUCAUUCGACAACUUCAAGAAGAAGACUUCGGACUCCGACGCAGGCCUGCAAAGCCAAAACACUAA